CUCAGAAUCCCUAUAAAUACCAUAGCUUGUGUACAUGAUUGAUAUCACCAAAUUCCCAACCAUUAGAACCCUCUUGAUAUUUUCCCUUUCUCUCCCUUUCUUCAUCUUUGAAUCUCACCCUCAUUGUCCAAUAAUGUCUCCUGUGCCCAUUUCCCAAAUCAAUACCGGCCAUAUCGAUGAUGUUCAAGAGCUAAGGAAGGCUAAGCCAACCCUGGUUCCCGAGAGAUUCGUGAGAGAUGCAACCGAGAGGCCAACACUUCAAUCCGCUAACCGUUUUCCAACAGCUUGUGCUGUUCUCGAUCACGAUAGUUAUGAAGUCCCCAUCAUCGAUUUCUCCAAACUCAUGAAAGUGGAUGAAGAUGAAGGUUCGUGGAGAGCAGAGAUUCUGAAGCUCAAGAGAGCUUGUCAGGAUUGGGGAUUUUUCCAGGUAGUCAACCAUGGGAUCGAUUUGAGCUUAGUUGAAGGGAUAGAAGAGGUGGCUAAGGAGUUCUUCAUGCUUCCACUGGAGGAGAAGCAGAGGUAUCCCAUGGUGGCAGGGACAGUUCAAGGGUAUGGUCAGGCAUUUGUGUUCUCUGAGGACCAAAAGCUUGAUUGGUGCAACAUGUUUGCUCUUGGAGUUGAGCCCCAGUUUAUAAGGAACCCAAAGCUAUGGCCCAAAAAUCCACCCAAGUUCAGUGGAACUGUUGAUGAUUAUUCAAGAGAAGUGAGGAAGCUGUGCCAGAACCUACUGAACUCCAUAGCCAUAACUCUUGGCCUGAAAGAAGGAACCUUCAAUGAGAUGUUUGGAGUGGGAGUGCAAGCCAUAAGGAUGAACUACUACCCACCAUGUUCAAGGCCUGACCUGGUUUUGGGCCUCAGCCCACAUUCUGAUGGGAGUGCCCUAACAGUUCUCCAGCAAGGGAAGGGCAGCUCAGUUGGUCUCCAAAUCCUCAAGGACACCAAGUGGGUGUCUGUUCAGCCAGUCCCUAAUGCUCUGGUCAUCAACAUUGGGGACACCUUGGAAGUAGUACUAACGAAUGGGAAAUACAAGAGCGUGGAGCAUAGGGCACUGACCCACAAGGAGAAAGAUAGGCUUUCAAUUGUCACAUUCUAUGCUCCUAGCUAUGAGGUUGAGAUAGGACCAUUGCCAGAAAUGGUGGAUGAGAUCAAUCACCCUUGCACUUACAGAAGGUACAAUCAUGGAGAAUACAGCAAGCACUAUGUCACUAGCAAGUUGCAAGGCAAGAAGACCCUGGAUUUUGCCAAGAUCAUUAACUAGCUUAUGAAUUAGCUAAAUGUAUUAUUAAGUAGAUAGUGUGGAACUUUGUUAUCAACUUUUGAAUUAGCAUUAGCAAAGUAGUAAGUAAAGUUGCAGACUUUUGUACAUUGUAUGUUUCUAUGGUGGGUCCUAAGCAAUGAUCAUAAGGAACUACCCUUUUGUCAAAAGUUUGGUGGUUGGUUGAUACUAAUAUGGAAAAAUAUGUCACUUUUCCACUGA